AUGUAAAACGCGUUUAUUGUUAAUUUCAUCCGUGUCACUGAAGUUAACAUGCAAAAAAAGCUGUUCGGUUUAUUUUAUUUUCUACAUUGUUUUACUGUUGUUAGGAGUGGGUAUCCUCCAAUUGGAGAUGAGGUACAAGCUGGAAGCGUGUUACUCCCGGCGUCUCGUCGAGGACGGUAUCUCGCCAACAUAGUGCGAAGACAGGCAGUCGACGGCACUGGGAUAAAAUUCAACAAGGAUGCAGAUAGGAUGAACGCCGAAGCCAAGAAGAAAGUGGACGUUCUAUCUGAAGAACUACUCCCUUAUAUUAUAGCAGAGCAAGAACGCAGAACUACUUUGUAUAAGAGAGUGAUGACGGCAAUACAAAAUGGGGAAAAAGGUGUUACUAUAGCCGAAAUCAGAAACAAACCGCCAGCGAUUAUACGAAAAGGUCUUAUGUACAGAUGUCCUACAAACCGCGCUCCUAAGGAACCAGAUGGUUCCGGAGUCAUCAUGUGUGAGGAGAAUAUUGAGCCGACACCCAUCAUGUACGAGUCCUGUCUCAGCGCAGAGGAUAAAGAACUCUUUGUCGCUGAUAAUAAGUACUUCUUUUGCAAUCGGCACAAAGUCGAAGGUCCAGAUCUACCACGUAACGGCACAACCGUCAUAGGCUGCGCGCCAUGCGAGCGAACCUCACUAAACUACACCAGUCAAAAGUGCGCCUUGGAGGACACCGAUGAUGUGGUAGUUCAUUAUCGGUACUACCCAGAUAGGACCUACAAAUUUGUGACUGAAUUGGACCCAGAUCGCGAGGUUUGUGAACAUUGGAACCCUUGCCAAGUUGGCUACAUCUUCAGUCUCCCAGGACCUGAUACAGCCACACCAGCGAGCGAACUUUGGCACUUUUUCGAAGAUGAUAAGAAUGAAACUACAUUCCCUGCUGAGAGUUAUAUUACCAGUACAAGAAGAGUUCUUAUACCUAAUGGCUAUGCCUACCAUGGAAUAGGCAAAUAUAUGCCUAAUGGACAACGGAAUCGUAUUGCCGGUAAAGAGGGUGUGUUGAGGACUUACAACAAUAUAGAUGUUGUACACGAGGAAGUUGGGAAUUAUGUGAAAAUAACCAUUAAGUUCUCUCCUCUACGACCUUUGGACGCAACGACGUAUUACGUCCGAUUUGAAAGCUUGGAGAAGAAGAAUAGCUUCGUACACAUACCUUUGGUUACUAUCAAUAUGGGAAUCACCCGACUAGCGCCACAGGUUGUGGAGGUGUUACCAGGACAACGUUUGAAUAUGACGACAUUGUAUUUCACUUGCAAUAAGUGCGUUGUUCGUGGUAUCAUGCUGAGAGGCGAUGAUGGCACUGUCAAGAAUGUGGACAUUGACAAAUACAGGAUCAGAAAGUUCACCGACGAGAAAGGAAUGGAGCAAUCUUACGUUGAAAUAGAUUUCGAUGAAAUGUCUCCACAUAACUUUGGUGACUACUUCCUAAUGAUUCAAAACGAUGAUGGCGGUGAAGAAAGGAUAAAAGCCUUAACCAUUAAAGCACCUCAAUCUGAUCCCAACAACGCUAUCAAUGCACUACGUUUGCGCGUAGCAUCCACCGUGGGAGAUCAUUUGGACAAAACUAUAUCUUAUACAUGUGACGAUUGCGAGUUGAAUGACGUCAUGUGUCGCGGGGAGAGUGUUCUGCCGGCUGGCAGGGUCACCCUUAUACCAACCUCCAAAACUGUAAAUGUGAACUUCCCAGGAUUUGAAGAUACUAACUCUUGCGUUUACAUCGGCAUCUUCAAAAGAGGAGAAAAUACAUACAGAAAAAUCGUAGCGAUCAUUGAAAAUAGCGCUCCAUCUGUGACUGUUGAAUUCGCCGGUCUUAUACCGCCGCCACAGGAAGGGGAACAGUUUGAGCAGGAGAUCAAAUAUUCUUGCACUGGAGAUUGCAGUGUAGAGAAGGUGAAUGUCAACGGUAUACCACUUGAGACAAAUACGAGAAGAUCGAAUGUCGGAUCCAUAGCGUUCUAUGUGUUAACGGAGAAUCUCAUCACAAUACGGAUCACAGAAUUCAGCGAGCCAUACGCGGGAAUGUAUCAAGCUAUAUUCAACGUCGACGGCGAACAGAUUACGAAAAAUCUUAUGGAAAUUGGCAACGCAGUGACCGAAGCACUCGAUGCACCCCCGGCAUCCAACGAAACACCGGCUCCUGCCACCGAAGCCGCGUCAAAUGAAGCCGCGCCAAAUGAACCCGCGCCAAAUGAUGCCGCGCCAAAUGAACCCGCGCCAAAUUAACCCGCGCCAGGGUAGUCAGAUAAGAAAUGUCGGCUCCAGCGUUCUCAAAAAAGACAG